UUGAUUUUUCAUCAAAAAGUAGGUACUCCCGCGAAAGCCAUGUUUUCAUAAUUCCAACACUUCUAAAGAGCAUUCAUUGAUGAAACCGCUGCUCACUCUCAAAUUCAAUCACAGAACCCUAAAUCCUAAUUCCAUUAUCUUGCUUUUCUUACUUCCAUCUGCAGCUAUGUCGUCGUCGUUGUCACCGUCAACAGCUGCCGUCAAAGUGGUGGCAGAGUACGCCAAGUCCGGACGUUCGUCGUGUAAGAAAUGCUCGAAAGCCAUCGCUGCGAGCACGCUGCGGUUUGGUUUGGUGAGCAAAGAUCCCCGAGGAUUCGACAUGACCAAAUGGCAUCACCUGAACUGCGUUCCGCUCGGGGCUUCUGGUUUAGUUUCCUCCGUCGAUGCAAUCACAGGAUUCUCGUCUCUCAAGGGCAGUGAUCAGGAGGCUGUGAAGAAAUUACUAAGUGAAGGGGCACAGGCUUUGGGGGUCAGUAAAAUUGACGAGGAUGAUGAUAAACCAGAUCAAGGAAAGUCGAAGAAGCCAAAGUUGCUUACAUCCGAGGAAGGGACAAAACUUCAGCUAGAAAUAGCUGUAUCAACUUCUGAUAUUAAAGAAAAGUACAAGGAUGCUACAUUGUUGCCUAAAUGGAAGGCAUUUCAGACGGUCAUAUUUCUUGAAAGGGAUGAUGGUCUUCAUGAUUCAAGUAAAAUUGCAGCCUUCGAUUUUGAUGGUUGUCUUGCAAAGACAUCUGUGAAAAGAGUUGGUGCAGAUGCUUGGUCCCUCAUGUAUCCUUCAAUACCAGAGAAGCUCCAGAAUCUGUAUAGAGAUGGCUACAAGCUGGUUAUAUUUACCAAUGAAUCUAACAUAGAGCGUUGGAAGAACAAGAGACAGGUUGCUGUAGAUUCAAAAAUUGGAAGACUUAAUAGUUUCAUUGAGCUUGCGAAGGUCCCCAUUCAGGUUUUCAUUGCUUGUGGAGUGAGUAGUGGUCAACCAGAGGAUCUGUUUCGCAAGCCAAAACCUGGGAUGUGGAAGAUUAUGGAGAAAGAAUUCAAUUCUGGUCUCCCGAUUGACAUGGAUCAGUCCUUCUAUGUUGGUGAUGCAGCUGGAAGACCAGGAGAUCACAGUGAUGCUGACAAAAUAUUUGCACAGGAGCACAACAAUAACUGUGGUAUCUCUCACUCGAGAAGAGUUUGUUUUGUCUUUUAUGGCUGUUGGUCUAAAAUUUUAUGUUCCUGAAGAUUACUUCGGCUCAGAUUAGUAUUUGGAUUCGAAUAUGCAACUGUCAGGGAUUAGCAGGUUUGGAAGUAUACCUGGAGAGUGGAGAGGAACGAAGCAGUGGUGGGUGCAGGGAUGCAUAGCGGUUAUGUAGUUAUUGAAGCAGUAUUGGUGCUUGGUUAGUCAAUUGUUUGGUUGUUUAGUUCUAUUAGUUACCCAGCUUUAUUUGAAAUGUUUUUAGGGCUGGUAGGUUAGGAGUAUUUAAGCAAGAGUUUCUUAGUAGGAUAUGGGGAUUGUUACUAUUAUUGUGGAAUCAGAUGAAUCUGCUAUGGCUGGGGAGUGGACCUAUUUCAUUUUAAUUCUUAUGUUAAGUUAUCUGUCACAUAUGAUAUGGGGAGAUUAGUGUUUUUAUUUUUUUA